GGCGAGCCUAUUUGCAAAGGAACAAUGGAGAACGCUUCUGAAAACGCAGCUUGGCCAAUGGCCGACGAGGCCCUUGCCCAGGAGAUCUUGGAUCUCUUGCAGCAGGGUACCCAUUACCGGCAGGUGAAGAAAGGAGCAAACGAAGCCACGAAGUCUGUGAACCGCGGCGUUUCCGAGCUCGUCGUCCUCGCCGGAGAUACUACUCCCCUUGCAAUCGUCAUGCACCUCCCCCUCCUCUGCGAGGAUAAGAACGUGCCGUACGUUUUCCUGCCCAGCAAGAUUUCGAUCGGUCGAGCAUGCGGUGUGGGCCGUCCUAUUAUCGCGGCCAGCAUCAACUCCAACGAGGCGAGCGACCUGGCUCCCCAGAUUAGACGACUCAAGGAGAAGGUGGAGAGAGAUGCCAUCUAAGGACUUGCUUUCAUAAAUACAGGUUUUUGGUCCGUCCGGGAAUGGUGAAUUCUACGCCGACUUAGGGUCUUGGAUACAUGCCAAGUUACCUCCUCUUGCAGGAUUAUAGUUUUCUACCCGGCGGCUUUUGAUUAAGUCGCUAGAAGCUCAAUAAGAAACCCAUUGCUCAAAU